AUGGCGAUUAGCAGGGAAGAAUUGGAGAAGAAAAUGGAAAAUGACGAGAAUAAUUCGUUAUUAUCAUCAUUGCAAGUAGAAGAUGAUGAACAUGAAUCGAAAGAAAGUGUUCUGCAGAGAUACUUCCUCCAAGAAUGGAAGCUCGUCAAGUCGCUGCUAGACGACAUCGUUUUGAAUCGAGGCGCCUGCGAUUUGUUAUCCGUCCACAAGAUCCGAUCCAUUAUGGACAAGUAUCAGGAACAAGGUCAGCUGUUAGAGCCUUAUCUCGAGAGCAUAGUUUUACCGCUAAUGUCAAUUGUCCGCUCGAGAGCUGCUGAACAAGUUUCAGAUCUUGAACUUGCAGUAUCUCUUUUGGAUAAAUGCCAUAACAUAAAUGCUGCAACGUCAUUAAGGCAAGAAAGUACUGGAGAGAUGGAGGCAAAAUGCAUCAUGCUUCUGUGGCUAUCUAUACUUGUAUUGAUACCUUUUGAUUUAUCAUCUGUGGAUACUAGUAUGGCUGAUGACAGCUAUGUUCAUAGAGAUGAGCCACCACCACUGGUGAUAAAAAUUUUAGGAUUCUGUAAAGACUAUCUAUCAAAUGCAGGUCCGAUGCGCACCAUAGCUGGGUUGCUGCUCUCAAAGCUUUUGACACGCCCGGAUAUGUCAAAGGCAUUUACCAGCUUUAUUGAUUGGACGCACGAAAUUUUAUCUUCUGUGGAGGACAAUGUCAUUGAUCAUUUUCGAUUAUUAGGUGCAGUUGAAGCUCUAGCUGCCAUUUUUAAGAUUGGUAACACAAAAGCAUUGCUCAAUAUGGUUCCCAUUGUUUGGAGUGAUACAUCAGCAUUGAUGAAGUCCAACUCUGCUGCUCGGAGUCCUUUACUUCGCAAGUAUCUAGUAAAACUUACCCAGCGGAUUGGGCUCACUUGCCUGCCCCAUCGUUCUCCAACAUGGUGUUAUGUGGGUAGAAACAGCAUUCUUGGAGAGAAUGUCUCCUCAAACGUGAAAGGAGAUAGUAAUCAGUUAAAUCAUGCUGUAAACAUGGACACUUCCAGUUUCUAUCAAAGCGAAAGCUCCCUUGAAGAUGAAGAUAUGGAUGUUCCAGAAAUUGUGGAAGAGAUUAUUGAACUUCUACUGUCAGGAUUGAGAGAUACGGACACUGUUGUGCGAUGGUCUGCUGCAAAAGGUAUUGGCCGCGUCACUUCACGUUUGACUUAUUCUCUUUCGGAUGAAGUACUGUCUUCUGUAUUGGAGCGUUUUUCUCCGUAUGAGGGAGAUGGUUCCUGGCAUGGUGGAUGCUUGGCAUUGGCAGAACUGGCACGUAGAGGAUUGCUUUUACCAAUCAGUUUCCCUAAAGUUGUUCCUGUCAUUAUAAAGGCUUUACAUUAUGAUGUUAGAAGAGGACCACAUAGUGUUGGAUCUCAUGUACGUGAUGCAGCUGCUUAUGUUUGUUGGGCAUUUGGUCGUUCAUAUUAUCACAGAGACAUGAAGAGUGUGUUGGAACAGCUAGCUCCACACCUUUUAGUCGUGGCCUGCUAUGACCGUGAGGUUAAUUGCAGAAGAGCAGCCGCUGCUGCUUUCCAGGAAAAUGUUGGGAGACAAGGAAAUUUUCCCCAUGGCAUUGAUAUAGUAAAUAUGGCUGAUUAUUUUGCACUGUCCUCUCGUGUAAAUUCAUAUCUUCAUGUUGCUUUUGGUAUUGCUCAAUAUGAUGGCUACCUUUAUCCAUUUGUGGAUGAACUGAUGCACAGCAAGAUUUCUCAUUGGGACAAAAGUUUGAGAGAACUUGCUGCGAAUGCUCUCUCAUCGCUUGUGAAAUUUGAGCCUGAAUAUUUUGCCAACAUGGUUUUGGAGAAAUUAAUUCCUUGCACUCUGUCGUCUGAUUUAUGCAUGCGGCAUGGUGCAACCUUAGCUACUGGUGAGGUGGUUUUGGCUCUGCACGAGGGCAACUAUGUUCUAUCAACAGAUAAGCAGAAAAUGGUUGCUAAUAUGGUUCCUGCCAUUGAGAAAGCAAGGCUCUAUCGUGGAAAAGGAGGAGAAAUAAUGCGUUCUGCUGUUUCUCGCUUCAUUGAAUGCAUUGCCCGAGUUCAACUACAUUUGACAGAAAAAAUAAAACGAAGUUUACUUGAUACACUUGCUGAGAAUUUGAGACAUCCUAAUUCUCAUAUACAGAAAGCUGCUUUUGAAGCCCUGGAACAUUAUGUUCCAGCUUACCUUUUAUCUAUGGAAAGCAAAGGUGUGAAUAAUAUCACGACAAGAUACCUUGAGCAGUUGACCGAUCCUAAUGUGGCUUCAAGACGAGGAUCUGCACUAGGACUGGGUGUUUUGCCUUUUCAGUUGCUGGCUAGAGACUGGAAGCCUGUAUUAUCGAAGCUUUGUAGUUCAUGUGCAGUUGAGGAUAAUCCUGAAGAUAGGGAUGCUGAAGCACGUGUGAAUGCCGUCAAAGCACUUGUGUCCAUUUGCGAAACGUUAACGGAUGCAGAAAAGUUCUCUGAUUUCUUUUCCGAAGAAGACGGCAUUUCUCUCUUUCUUUUCAUCAGAAGAGAAGUGAUGUGCUGCCUUUUCAAAGCUUUGGAUGAUUACUCUGUUGAUAACAGGGGCGAUGUAGGUUCUUGGGUUCGUGAGGCUGCAAUGGAUGGCCUUGAAAGAUGUACAUACAUUCUAUGCAAGAGAGAGUCAUUGGAUAUUCCUUGUAGAUCACAAGGAUUUAAUUCUAUCACAGAGCUGCAUGAUAAAGAGAACGUGCAAAAUGACCAGAUCAAAUCAUUUUUUGAUGCAAACCUGGCAACCAAUUUAGUUGGAGGCAUAGCUAAGCAAGCUGUAGAAAAGAUGGAUAAAAUAAGGGAAUCAGCGGCAAGGGUACUCCAAAGAAUUUUGUACAACAAAGCAAUUUUUGUACCAUACAUACCAUACAGAGGAAAACUAGAAAACAUAGUUCCUAAUGAAGCAGACAUUAAGUGGGGGGUACCUACGUUCUCAUAUCCUCGUUUUGUUCAACUACUUCGGCUUAAUUGCUACAGUAAAUACAUAAUAUCUGGGUUGGUCAUUUCUAUUGGCGGACUACAAGAUUCUUUGAGAAAGGCAUCGCUCAGUGCUUUGUUAGACUAUCUUCAAAGUACUGAAACUGAAGGGCAGUACAACUCCAGGGAGUUCACUCUGUCAACUGAUAUCCUAUGGGUUCUACAAAAGUAUGAAAGAUGUGACAGAGUCAUUAUACCCACUUUGAAGACUAUUGAGAUCCUUUUCAGCAAAAAGAUACUUUUGAACAUGGAGGCCCAGACUACCAUCUUCUGUGCUGGUGUUUUGGAUUCUCUUGCUAUCGAAUUGAGAAGAUCAAAGGACUUCUCAAAGUUAUGUGCAGGAAUUGCCGUACUUGGGUAUAUUGCUUCGAUUUUAGAGCCUAUCAACAUCCGGGCAUUCUCUCAACUUCUUUCAUUCCUUGAGCAUCGCUAUCCAAAGAUUCGAAAGUCUGCUGCGGAACAAGUGUAUCUAGUCCUUCUGGAAAAUGUAAAUCUAAUGUCAGAGGACAAAGUAGAUAAAGCCGUUGAAAUUAUUACCGAGACUUGCUGGGAAGGUGAUAUUGAAGAAGCAAAGAGUAGAAGGUUACGGUUGUGUGAUAUGGCCAAUAUAAAAACUGAACAAAUACUAAAAGCUACCAACGCAGAAUUGAAUAAGAUUGUUCGACAGACUCCUACAGCUGAUGAAAAUGCUUCCUACUCUUCAUUAGUUGGGUCAGCUGGAUUUUAG